AUAUUAUGCUUCGAUGAACUCGAAGAAGAUUUUCGAGAGAGUGAUAUUAAAAUGAAUUCUAAAAUUAAAUUACAUAAUGAAUUUACAAGUGAAAGAAUUCGAGUAAAUUUAAGUAUGGGAUCUGAGCCAACCAGAGAAAAAGAUAUAAAUGAAACGAUUGAAAAUGACCGUGAAUUAGUUAUUCAAGCUUCUGUUGUUCGAAUAAUGAAAGAACGAAAGUUUUUAAAAUAUUCAUUAUUGACGCAAGAAGUUAUUGAAAAAUUAAGCUUACGUUUCAAACCAAAAAUUCCUUUAACUAAGUGCGUAAAUAUGUCACUUUAUCAAUCGUGGUCUGAUCUGAUUUGUACACCAAUUGAUGGAGCUGCUACAAUAAUUCAAAGUCCAUAUUUAGCAAUGAUUUCAAUACCAGACGAUACACAGGCAAUAAUAGAUUGUAUAUAUACUUUCGGAUCUGUUGUUAUUGACGAAUAUUUCUACGAUGUUUUAUGA